AUGAAGCUGGUGCCCAGUGGAGCCCUCACAUGCCCGCUGAAGCUAGUCCUGGUGCCUGUUGCUGUGAUAGGAUGCGGGAAGACAACCACCGCGUUGACGUUACAAGGAGCCUUGCGGGAACAUGUAGGCGUUGUUAUCAACGAUGAGGUUCCCCAAGGAAGGAAGUCCAACAAGUUGUUUGUGCAGCGGUGCUUGGAUAUGCUGGCUAGUGAGAAUAAGUCUAUUGUUGUCCUGGAUAGAAACAACCACCUAGAACGAGAGCGAGAACAGAUAUUUCGAGACUUCGAGGAACUCAAUACCGGGAGCCAUAAACUGGGUAACGUCAGGUUUGUAUGUCUGGACUUCCUUGGUGGUAAAUCACCAAGAUCUAAGGACAUAUGGGGGAUAACAACGAGGAGAGUCAGCCGUAGAGGCGAUAACCACCAAUCGAUCAAGGCUAUAUCAGAUGGUGAUCAAUAUGUGAAGAAGAUAAUGGGAGGGUUUGUUUCGAGGUUUCAGAGAGUCGAUGUGAAAAGAGAACCCGAUCACUUCUUCGACCUGGUGAUUAGACUCAAUGUGACCAGUGAUUCAAAUUCUUCUCUACAAAAUGCAAUAGAGAUAUAUGGAAAGGUGAAGGAAAAGUACCCAGAGGUGGAGUUACCUCAGUGCGACGACGAACAAUGGCGUCGUAGUUUCCAACAAGCACUAGAUUUCAAGCCAACAUUCUCUAAAAACAUGAAGAAGAGGAAAGUCACAGGAGAAGAAACGAAUGGAAGUUCCAGAUCUAAGUCAACCAAGAGGGAUAUCAUCCAAAUGCUAAGGACUAGGAAAGAGAGACAUCGAUAA